CAGGAUUGUUGCAACAAGGGGCGGAGCCGAGCCGCGAAGACACCGGCGGCCGCGGCGGGGCUCGGGAGCGCGGCCCUUCUGGGUGGGACGCGCGUGUCCCCGCGCCGUGCCGUGGGCACUUACCGGCCAGGCGGGGGCACCUGCAGCCGCCGUCCCCAUGGGGCUGUGUCUGCCCUGUCUCGGGGAGCCCGAGCCUCCCUCGCCGGACCCUGAAGAGAAAAGAGCAAAGCUUGCAGAGGCUGCAGAAAGAAGACAGAAGGAGGCUGCAUCCCGGGGCAUUUUGGAUGCUCAGUCUGUGGAACAAAAGAGAAAGCGGAAGGAAAAAAUAGAAAAACAAAUCGCUACAUCUGGGGGAGCACCUGAAGGUGGACUUAGAUGGACCGUUUCAUAAAGGAUAAUAUGAGUGAGAGUCUCCUGCCAAUGACUAGUAUCUGCAAUCAAGUAGACAUCCUCCAUUUAACUUACUCUCUUUGAAUAAAUGGAGAUUUAGACUUUGUAAUUUUAGUGCCAUUAAACGCAGUGCUCUUUCAGUAUGGAAAUAUUAAACAUGCUUUUGAUUUCCAGACUUAGAAAAUGGCCAGAACUUUCAUUGAAUACUUAUUUUCCUACAUUUGCUUCUUUUGCAAGAGGUGGAUAAUAGUUAAAUUUAAAUCGUGAAUAUAUCCGCAUCGCAUGUGAAGAUUUUGCAUACAUCUCAAAUAUUAAAAUUUACAAUUUCAUUUUUCCUCCUAGCUAUUUAUAGUUGUGCUGCUUAGCCUGAUAGUUCCUUUUGUUUCAUUAUAUAAUGAAGACUUUUGCUUAAACUGUAUGGAUUUAGUGCCUUUAAACUGAUCAUCAGGGAAAACCUUGAAAAAUCAUUUGAAGGGGUUAUGUGAAGGAACACUGUAAAUUUUUAUAACUUACUAUAAUGAAUAUUUGUAGAAAAGAUUUAAUUUUUCCUAAUUUAGUUUUUACUUGUGUAGCUUUAUAAACUUUAACAGAUAUUUCACAUUAUAAUAAUUAUUUUGCUUGAGUUUAAAAUUAUAUAUUAGUGUGGUACCAUCAGAGGGCAGUGAUGUGCUGUUGUACAAUAUUAAAUUCAGCUCCAUGGAGAUCUUUAUAGUAACUGAAUGAGUUAAACUAAGAAUCUAGAUGAUCAUACUGACUGGCAAUGUAUUUGUCCAGAUUUCAUAGAUGUUUGUAUUCUUUUGUAUUUGUUAAAAAGUGGUCAUAAGAUUUAUACAGAUAAGCAUUUGCCAAGACAAAUAUAAAUGUAUGAAAUAUAAA